GGAUUCUUUCACUUCACGCACUAAAAUCCACAUACCACGAACACGGCAGAAGAAGCAACCCAGAAUAAACACGAGACGGCAAAGCGGUUUCCCCAAUUCGCUCUUCUUGCUUGUUCAUCGAAGGAUAGGCCUCAAUUUUGGCUUCCAAUCGUUCUUCUGCAGCCUCGAUUUCCCCCAAUCUGAGCCGUGUCCACCGCUGAAGUAGUUUAGUUAUUCAAUUUAUUUGUUUAUUGGCCCCCAAAUUCGUCGACUCCACCUCGCGAGAUCAAAUUCGUACAUCAAAUUCGUGUUCCGCCGCGCCCCUUCGAACUCCGGUGCCGGCUCGAGGUUUCCGCUCCCAACAGCUAUCCAAUUUUGUCGGUAGGUAAGAAGAGGUUGUGAGUUCGGGCGUUUAGAGCUCGUCGGUGGCGUCUCGGAUCCUGGCGACCAUGUCUUUGUCGGCGAUUUCCCUGUACACCAGCCCGCCGGGCGCGGUCUACUCUUCCGAGUUUGAUCCGAGCUGCCGUGGCUCGUCGCCGUGCACCACCGCGACGCCCCCGCCGCCGGGAACCUCCCACCGCCCGUCUGCCGUCGCCGGCGGCCUGUCCUGCCUCUUCUCCUCCCCGGCCGCAGCGGCUGCGCCGCCCCGUGCCCCGGCGCACGACGAGCUCGGCGCGCUGUGGCACGACGGAUCCGACGACCUGAGCUUCGGUGGCAGCUACUCCCACUCGUCCUCGCCGCUCAAGCGGCGUGACCUUCACCACCACCACCACCACAGCCCCGUGUCGGUGUUCCAGGGGCCGUCGUCCUCUCCGGCGUCCCGGAGCCCGCCGGCCUCUUGGCUCACCGGCCGCGAGCGCGAGCGCCUUUUCUCUGGCUUUGUGCGCAACGCGCUGGGCUCCUGCAUCGACUAUGUCCCCGCCACCAGUCCGCGGCCUGAGCUAGGUGGCGGCGAGCUCGCGUUCGAGCUCGACGAAAACCUCCCGGAGGCGAGCCCCGCCUGCGAGCCCUACGCCCGCGAGCUCCUCGCCGGUGCCCAGGCUCGCCACCGCAUCUUUCAUGAGGAACUCGUCGUGAGGGCCUUCUUCGAGGCCGAGAAGGCUCACCACGGUCAGACGCGGGCGAGCGGUGAUCCAUUCUUGCAACAUUGCGUGGAGACGGCCGUGCUACUGGCCAAGAUCGGGGCGAACUCGACGGUCGUCUCUGCUGGGCUUCUGCACGACACCAUUGAUGAUUCAUUCGUGGACUAUGAUCACAUCUUCCACAUGUUCGGGGCUGGUGUGGCGGAUCUCGUGGAAGGGGUUUCAAAGUUGAGCCACUUAAGCAAGCUUGCUCGUGAUAACAACACAGCAAGCAGAACUGCUGAAGCAGAUCGCUUGCAUACAAUGCUUCUUGCAAUGGCCGAUGCGCGGGCUGUGCUAAUAAAGCUAGCGGAUCGUGUGCAUAACAUGAAGACUUUAGAAGCUUUGCCUUUGGUCAAACAACAACGAUUUGCUAAGGAGACUAUGGAGAUCUUUGUGCCUUUGGCCAAUCGAUUGGGGAUUGCUAGCUGGAAGGACCAACUAGAAAAUCUUUGCUUCAAGCAUUUGAAUCCAGAGGAGUACACGGAGUUGUCAUCAAAACUUACAGAAACCUUUGAUGAAGCGCUAAUCACGUCUGCUGUGGAUACACUAGAUGAAGGUUUGAGGGAGGCAGGAGUCUCAUAUCGCAAUCUUUCUGGAAGACACAAAAACCUCUACAGUGUUUACUCCAAGAUGCUGAAGAAGAAUUUAACAAUGGAUGAAGUCCAUGACAUUCAUGGCCUGCGUCUUGUGGUUGACAAGGAGGAAGACUGCUACCAAGCACUUGAGGUUGUUCAUAAACUCUGGCCCCAAGUUACUGGAAGAUUUAAAGACUACAUAUCACGUCCAAAGUUAAAUGGGUAUCGUUCAUUGCACACUGUUGUCUUGAGUGAAGGCGUUCACCCUUUUGAAGUCCAGAUCCGCACAAAGGAGAUGCAUCUACAGGCUGAGUAUGGAUUUGCUGCACAUUGGAGGUACAAGGAAGGUUCGUGCCGGCACUCCUUUGUACUUCAGAUGGUGGAAUGGGCAAGAUGGGUGCUUACGUGGCAAUGUGAAGCAAUGAACAAGGAACAUUCGUCGUGUCAAGUAAACAGCGAUGCGAUCAGGCCGCCCUGCCCAUUUCCGUUGCAUUCUGAGGAGUGCGCUUACUCAUACACCCGCCAAUGCAACCACGAAGGACCCUUAUUUGUUAUUUUACUCGAACAUGACAAGAUGUCUGUGCAAGAAUUCCCAGCGGGCUCAACUGUAAUGGAUCUCAUGGACCGAGUGGGCGCCAACAGUCCAAGAUGGAGCCCCUACAGCGUGCCCAUGAAAGAAGACCUUCGACCGAAGGUCAAUCACGAGCCUAUAAGCAAUCUGAGAAGGCCUCUCGGCAUGGGGGAUGUGGUGGAGCUGACACCGGCCCUUCCUGACAAGUCGCUGACCGAGUACCGGGAAGAGAUUCAGCGCAUGUACGACUGCGGUGGCUUCGCCCUUGCCGCCACUCGGGGCAGCCGUGGAGGAUCAAGACGCUGACGGUACUCACCACGAAAUUUAACAACCCGUUUGUACGACUAUUGUAAAAUGCUGUUGUUCAACCCAUUCGAUUCAUUGUAUAUACAUACGUACGUAGUCUAAUUCUUGGCAGCCAUGAGAGCUGUAGGAAGAACACCAGCCCCAGCUGCAGAGGCUGCAAUGUGUGCUAGCUGUCUAGCUGUUGCUACCAGAACAAUGUACAAAAGCCGUUACAAAUUUGAUUCGGCUUCUCCCCGAAUCUGUGGGGAGGAGGAAACUGUUGACAGGAUCUACUCAUCUACUCCCCUUGUCCUCU